AAGCAACCAACAUUAGUAUGGAGUUAUGGAGACCACGGGUCGAAAUACCGAUUUAUCCUGUAUCUCCGGAAUUUUUUCAUGCUUUGUAUUAUCGGUCGUUUAUAUCGCGAGUUUGUACGUAUGGAAUUCUCCUCACAACAGUGUCUCUCGCAGGCAAGCAGGCAGACAACUACGAACGAAAAAGAGAAAAUGAGAGUGAGAGAGAAAGAGAACACAAAUUCCCCCUUCAUUCGGAUCUCCCACUCGCGUAGACGCUCGUAUUUCUGGACAAGAAUGAACUUUGCAGCGCUCGCGGUGGAGACUCCUUAAACUUUCCUUGUUUGUUUUUGGCGGGUUAUUUAAAAAGAUUUCUCGGCCAGAUAUCUCUAAUUUUACGAAUAUAAUCUCUGUUAAAUUGUCAUUAUUUUUUUUAUAUAAAUUCUCAUGUAGCAGUUCUCUUUUUUCGUUUUUUAAUUUUCUUUCCAGAAUGCGUAUUAGUGUAUGGUAUAGUGCAUGUUUAAUUAAAUCAAUAGAACAUCCUUCUACUAUAAAAAGAAGAUUCUUUAGUGUUUUUAUUGUUGCUUUAAUUUCACCAAUAUUUCUAUAUGUUGGCUUGGACGAGGAGGUUUUCCAAAAAGCAACCAUUUGGGAAUUAUUGGGUUUACGAUGGUCUGGCCUAUUCCAGGCAAGUGUAAUACCAUUUCUUUUAACAAUGAUCUUGUUUUUGGGCCCAUUGAGUGUACAAAUUCUUAAUGGUUUUUGGAGAUUAUAUGCUGAGCCUAUGUAUUGGUUAGGAAGUGUACAUACAUUAAUUUGGUGGAGGAAUCACAUUGUUGCACCACUCUCUGAGGAAUGGACUUUUAGAGCUUGCAUGUUACCAUUACUUUUACAAUGUUUUACACAAACUACUGCCAUUUUUAUAUGUCCAUUAUUCUUUGGAGUAGCACAUUUUCAUCAUGUAGUAGAAAGAAUAAAAAUGGGUAUGGAAAUAAAACUUGCUUUAUUCAUAUCUUGUUUCCAAUUUGCAUAUACUACGUUAUUUGGAGCUUAUGCUGCAUUUCUAUUUGUUAAAACAGGGCAUUUUAUAGCUCCUUUCAUAGCUCAUUCAUUUUGCAAUCAUAUGGGAUUUCCUGAAUUAUCAGAAGUUGUGGCAUAUAAAGAUCCUUUGAAAAGGGCAGCUCUAUUUUCUUUGUUUGUCAUUGGUUUGUUUGCAUGGUGUUUUCUAUUAACACCAAUGACUGAUCCAGCAAUAUAUCAUAAUAAUUUAUUCUGAUAUCAAAAGAUUUAUAUGAAUCAUAUUUUGCAAAGUUGUUACGGGUGUUAGACUAAUAUUUCUAUCAGAUAUCGUAUUUGUAACGAAAUAAUAAUUAAUCAUGUUAUAUGGCACUGACAUAUGUUAAUACUUAAGAUAUAUGUAUAAGGACAUACUUGUAGAUUACAUUAUAAAACUUGUUAACAUUAAGUUUAAUAAUGCAUAUAAUAUGCAUAAUGUGAUUAUACUCAAUAUAAUAUCAGUCAGAAUAACUAUAAAAUAUCACCGUAGUGCCUGAGAAAAUAAAACUUUUACUAUAAAUUAUACGUGCCAAUAAUAUUAGACAAAAAAUAUGAUUUUACCUAAUGUUCUUUUAGGGAUAUAACUUGUAAUAUAUAAUUUAAUGAGAUUUAUAAUACGUUAGUAGACAAUAUUGUUCUAUAAUUAUUGCUGGGAUUUUAUAUUUGAUAUUUUAAUGAAGAAUUAAUUGUUUUUACAAAAAUAUGUAUUGUAUUAAGUUUAAUUAACAUUGAUUAUAUCAAAUUUAAAAAACGAUACCUUAAAAUUUAAUUUGGGUACACAACUAUAUUAUAUUAAUAUUAUAUUUUAAUUUGUAAUAAACAUGUUUAAUUCAAAAAUCACGUUUAUACAUAUUGUAAAAUUUGCAACAAUAAAAAAUAAGAAGUUUAACAUAAUUACUAUGUGGUCUUACAUAAUAACUUUCUUAUAGAUAUUGUAAAUACAGAAAAAUUUUACUUAUUUGAGAGUAUCUAAGAAAUUAUUAUAUACAUAUAUUAUUCAUUUGUUAAACUUUACAUAAACAAAAAUUGAAA